GAGCUCUUUGACAAAACAAUCCAUGCUGGUUAGUUCUACUGUUCACUACAUACCACUAUUUUAAAUCGAAAUGAGUAGCCAACAUUUUUGUUACAUUCGCUCAAUUGUUCAAGUUCAAUUGAGGUAAUCAGCAGGGAUAAUGCCUACUGCGUUCGUAUACUAUUCUACUUAUUAUUCUACUGCGUCUUUAACAGGUAAUUAAGGUUUCCCUUGCUCACCUGAGGAAUGAAUAAAAGGGUAACGUUUUGGACAGGACGUUUUUUUCUUCAUCAUUACGUCACCACCAUCCUUACCAAUUGAGGAAUGGCCACAGUAAAGGAGAGAGCUGCCGCGCUGAAUUUGUCUGGAAAGUUGUGUCUGCCUUCUCCAGGUCAUGGCAUGGUCCAUAAGUCAUUCCAGGCCUCUCCUAUGUGGAGCAGCAUCAUUGCCAACCUCAAAAUGUCAGUAAAGGUGAAGCGAAGGCGCUUUCACCUGAAGUCGCAUAAUGACUGCUUUCUGGGGUCAGAUGCAGUGGCUGUGGUGUUGUCCCAUAUAGUCCAGAACAAGUUUUUUGAAGGUGCUGACAUCUCACGGGACAAGGUGGUGCGUGUUUGUCAGGCCCUCCUGGACUGUAAGGUGUUUGAGACAGUUGGAGCAAAGGUCUUUGGCAAAGAUAAGAGGCAAUAUGUUUUCCAGGACAGCAAUGGUUACCUCUACAGGUUUCUGAACACACAAAUGCCUUCUAUGGAUGAACUUGAAAAAGGAGUCCUUUCUCCUGGUAUUCAAAGCACCUUUUGCAGUGCUUCUUGCAGGCAAGAGGAGCAACUCUAUUCACAUGGUACACCUCUGAGAUCCAACCAACUGUUGGACACUGUCCUGGGAAGUCUGAGUCCAAGCAAAGCACACAUUGAUUCUCCAUUACCACAGACCCUGGUUGAUGAAGUGUUGCGUGAGGAAACGAUGCUGAGACUGCUGCAGCUGGUAGAGCUCCCUAUGUUGGACAAUCUGUUAGAAGGUGGAGAGACCUCUCCCCGUCGCAUGGCACAGAGGGACCCAGACUUGAUUUACACCAGCAACUACCUGGACCGUGAGAUCCUGAGGGCCUUCAAGGACUCACAGGAGGAUGAUUGGCUUACAGCAGCAUUGGACUGUCUGGAGUUCCUCCCUGACCAGCAGGUGGUGGAGGUGAGCCGUGAUCUGCCCAGGUGUCCAAACGUGGUGGGUGUCGGCCAGGGUCAGCCCUGUUGUUCAGGCUCAGGCACCCAGCAGUGCAAACUUCUGCUGUAUGAAACAUUGGUGAAAUACUAUGGCCAGUCCGACCGCUCACCCCUGCUCGCCAACCACAUGUCCGACAUCUACACUGGGGUUACCGAAUUACUAGUGAAUGCGAAGUUUUAUAAAGCUCUUGAGGCACUGCAGUUGUGUUUGAAGCUUCUGCACCCUCGUAAGCGGGAGGAACUGCGCACAUUGUUGAGCUUCAUGGCUAUGGCUGCAGACCCGCUGGAAAUCAAGCUGGACAAAGAGAUUGAGAACAAAAUGGUUGUGAAGAUGGCUUUUUCCAGAGCCAUCAUCCACAGCAAAUCUUUAGCCAAAGAGAAAGUGGACCUCCUGGUGCUGUUUAUGCUGGACAACCGCCAUUACAUUUUUAAGAUACCAGGAUCUUUGCACAAGCUGGUCAGUGACAAACUUGCCAGAGUUGUGCAAGGGGAACAACUAGAUGUGACAGGGUCCACAUUCUGUCAGCAAGUCUCAACAAAGGCUUAUACUGACUGUACUCAAAGAACAACACAAGAAGCGCUGUUGGUGUUACUGAGGAAUAUUCAUGAAGACCCAAAGCACUCUGCCAAAGAGAGGAAACGGCUCCUCAGGCAAUUUUACCAAGGCCACCCAGAAAUAUUUGUUCAGUAUUUUGGAGAUUCUGUGUCUGCUGUCGGUGUGUAGCCAUUGUCAAAAGAUCACUUUGUACAUGUUUGUACAUGCCUAGGUCACUUUGUAUGCAUGUGAUUCUGAAUUAAAUUGAAAUAAAGUCUUAAUCAAUGGACACCAUGGUA